UUGUUAUGUCGUUUGGGUUAACAAACGCCCUGGCGGCAUUCAUGGACUUGAUGAACCGAGUAUUUCAUAAAUACUAGGACCGAUUCGUGAUUGUGUUCAUAGAUGACAUCUUGAUUUACUCAAAGAGUGAGGAAGAACAUGAGGAGCACUUUAUACUUGUUCUUGAGACACUACGGGAGAAGCAACUCUAUGCUAAAUUCUCUAAAUGCGAAUUUUGGCUAAAGGAGAUUGGCUUUCUCGGGCAUGUAGUUUUGGGAUCAGGAAUUGCGGUUGAUAAUAAGAAGAUAGAAGCCAUUACUGAAUGGGAGAGGCCAAAGAACGUCAAGGAAAUUCGUAGUUUCCUUGGAUUGGCAGGCUACUAUAGAAAGUUCGUGUAGAAGUUCUCUGUUUUGGCGUCGUCAUUGACGAAGCUCACUCGAAAAGGAGCUAAGUUUGUAUGGGAUGACCAAUGCGAGAAAGGAUUCCUUGAACUAAAGAAGAGAUUGACCGAGGCACCGGUACUUGCACUACCCAAACAGGGUAUGGGGUACGAUGUCUAUAGUGAUGCGAGCAUCCAAGGGCUUAGAUGUGUGUUGAUGCAGAUGGGGAAGGUAAUUGCCUAUGCUUCACGACAGUUGAAGAAGCAUGAGGUAAACUAUCCUACUCAUGAUUUAGAGCUGGGAGCAGUGGUGUUUGCACUGAAGAUUUGAAGACAUUAUCUCUACGGGGAGACAUGUCACAUAUACACUGAUCAUAAGAGCUUGAAGUACGUGUUUACUCAGAAAGAGUUAAACAUGAGGCAGAGACGGUGGAUGGAGUUGAUAAAAGACUACCAUCUAGUGAUUGAGUACCAUCUAGGUAAGGCAAACGUUGUAGCAGAUGCACUCAGUCGGAAGAUGAUGUACUCCUAAUUUACCAUAUUUAUGAUCUUGUUUUGUCACACUUUUAAUACUUUAUUUCUUAUUUUUAAAUAAAAAUGAUUGAUCUUUAUCAUCUUGGACAUUUUAAGGUAUUGCACUUGUUUUGGUAUAUUUUUGAGUUUCAGGACAAUUCAGGAUGUAUAUUAAUUUCUGAAAAGAAAUAAAUAUUACUUCCAAGUGAAGACGGAAAAAUCAUCAAGGUGAAGCGGGUCCUUACUUUAACUCCGGAAUAUUUUAUCAAGAGUCCCGAAAUACAUUUCAGAAUAAGCCAGACUGUCCACAAUAAAAUGUACCGGUUAACUGUUUGACCAGUUAACUGAUCAAACAGCUAACCGGCCAUAAUAAAGAAGUGGCGGAUAAGAGCCCAAGCUGGCCGAGUAAUUGACACACCCCACUAUUCACUAAAUAGUGAAUGAAGCAACAUCGUAGAAAAAUAAACUCCAACAAAGGAUUGGAUCAAUUGAAUUAUUGAUGAAGGGACCCUCUAAUUUGGAUGCACUUAAAAUCAAAAUCCACUUCAUCAUCUUCAGUCGGCAAUUCACCAAGAACAGCAGCAACAAGAUGGUACCGAAGAAAAAUAAUGCACGAUGAACAGGAGAGGUACUAUUUGCAGAAAGAAAUCAAGACCUUCAACACCUUCAUUUCAGGAUUUUUGGUGCUCUGGCCCCUUCUUCUACUCCUAUAUAAAGGACCAUUUGAGAGCUCCGGCAGGACACCAAUUCGGAGAGAAAUCUCCUUCUUUCUUUAGUUCAGUUUGUAUUAGUAGUUAUUUAAUAAAUAGUUCUUUCUAGAGCUACUAUGUAUAAAUCAGUACUCCUCUAAAGUUAGUUUCCAGCAAUUUCAGUCUUGAGUUCGUCAUCUUGUGCACUCCAGUUCCAGAAAAGCCUGAAUGCAAGUAAAGUUUUAUUCUCUUUUAAUUUCGUUUCUCAUACUUAAAUAUUAAACAAUGUAUGAAGUAUUUGUAUUCAUUUUAUUUUCGUGCAAACAUGAGUAGCUAAUUUAGUUUAGGCUUGGGCAAGAUGUAAAUUUUACUGUUAAUGUUCAUAUGAUAAUAAUUGGUUAAAACUUUUACUUGGUUAAUUUUAGGGUGUUGGGUUGAAUGUUCUAAUCUGCUAAAUACAUUAUAUUGGGAAAUGAAUAUUAUCACGGGAGUGAAGUUUCAUUAAAAAUCCCUUUAGUUAAUUCACCCACUAAAUUGCUACACGGAAGUGUUAAGGAAUUUAGGAUAAUUUGAUUUUGUACUUUUUACUGUCUUAAUAAAAUUACCGCGGGAGCAGAAUUAAUUUAAGAUAGUGUAAUCAACUAAGUCGUGGGAACGAUUAGAAGAUUACCAUUUGAAAAUCUUUCACACACCUAAAAGUAACCAAGUUAAUCAGUUAAAUCUUUAUUAUUAUGAACAUGAAAAUAAAAUCACUCUUAGCCCAAGCCUAAUUUUCACUAUAUCAUUAAUUGUUAAAUUAUCAAGUAUUGUGAUUUAUUUUAUUUCCUAGCAAUUUCACAUUUAUAAAAACAAGAUAAAAAAAAUCUGUUCACUUAGCUCCAUUGCAAAAUGUGAUCAAUUUGUGAUUAGCUAAAAAUCAAUCAUUAAUUCUAGUUCUCUUUUUGAGCCAUUCUCUAGCGGAACGAUACUCACUUACUCUAUACUAUAUCGUUACAAGCCAAUUAAAACAUCAUUUCCAUUCACAUUUUUACACCAUUUCACACUACACAUUUUGGUCUGUCAGAAGAGUUCGUCUGGGGCAUUGCUAGCUAGUUUGAGGGCAUUGAGAGCCAAAUUGGAGGUACCUAGCAAUGGUGCCUUAUUAGCACGAUUUGAGGUGAGACUUACUUUUCUUGAUGAGAUCAAGAAGGGUCAAGAAACUGACUAAGAACUUAUUGUUGGAAAAAAGUGUGUUAAAUUGCAUUAAAUGGUCAUUUUGGGGCAAUUUUUUGAGCGGGGUCCACUUCCGAUUUGGGUCGGGUCAAAGUGGUUUCGGAUAGUCCUUGCUUAGGGCUACAAUUCGAUAUAUGGUACGCUCAAAACGGAUAACGGGUGAAUGAGAAACCGCUUUUCGAAGUGUACCCGUUGGAAUGGAGAAAACUAGGAAAAGGUGUGGUUUUGGUAUGGGUUUUUCCCACACCGAAAAUCACAAGGGAAUUUGAACCCUUUAUAAAGGGAAACCCCCCUUAAGGAGUUAAGAUUCCUUAGGGUAAAGGCUCUCUCCACGCGCGCAGGGGGGGUGGGGUGCGAAUCAAAUCCCGAAACCGAAGAACAAAAAGCGCGACUUGCGUGCGCGGGCGACCUGCGGACACGAAUGCCGUCCGAAAAUCCUAUCUUCUAAAAAACACCUCUAGCAUUCCACAAAAACUCUUUAGUGUUCUUGCUUUGUUCACGUUCGUGGGAACUUUCGUUUCAGUGCUCAAACGCUUGUUCGUAGUCAUCGUAUCUUGGGAAACGAUUCUUGCAACGCUCCUAGCACCCCGGGAGGCAACGAAUACGUUUUAAGGAAAUCGUGCGUUGCACGAGCUUUGACUUGUUCUGCUUCAUCUCAUUUCUUGUUUUCGUUUUGUCAUUUUAAUUAAUUAAUUUUAUUAAUUCAUUUUAUUUGUUUUUCGAAACACACCCAACAAACUUAAAUCGUAUUUGGUGAUUGUUCUACUACGGUAAACAAUCUUACACUUGUAGUUUGUCACCUUGGUGAACGAACUUGUUUUUGUGUUUCCGAAGAACGUAAGAAACGGAAAAAUGAUUUCUCAAGAAGAUGAAAAUGUUGUUGGGCAGAAUGCUUUGAACGGUUUGAACGAUAAUCACUCUGAAAGCGGAGCUCCAGUGAAAAAUAGUUCACAACGCGGUGCAUCUGCUUUGGUUAACCAAAGGGCUAUCCCUAUGGUGACCGUGCCGAGCAACUCUGUGGAGAAACCCGAAAAAUUUAACGGGUUGAACUUCAAGAGGUGGCAGCAAAAGAUGCUCUUUUACCUCACUACUCUCGGCUUGGCAAGGUUCUUGACCGAGGACGCUCCGGUUGUAACCGGGGGUGAGGUGGAUGUGCAAUCUUUCAACGCGGUUGAAGCUUGGAAGCAUUCUGACUUCCUAUGCCGAAACUACGUGUUGAACGGGCUGCAUGAUGCUUUGUACGACGUGUAUAGCAAAUUAGCUACAGCUAAGGAGCUAUGGAAUGCUUUGGACCACAAAUAUAAGAGCGAGGAUGCCGGUGCAAAGAAAUUUGUUGUCGGUCGAUUCCUUGAUUUUAAAAUGGUGGAUUCGAAGACGGUCUUGAGUCAAGUUGAAGAAAUGCAAAUGAUAUUCAACGAAAUUCGAGAUGAAGGAAUGACGGUUAGCGAGUCGUUCCAAGUGGCGUCAAUUAUACAUUUGUUGCCGCCGGCUUGGAAGGAUUUCAAAAACUACCUUAAGCAUAAGCGAAAGGAAAUGAACUUGGAGCAAUUGAUCCUCCGUCUUCGGAUUGAAGAGGAUAACCGGAAGAACGAUGGGAAACUCCCAAUUGUUCAUGGCGCCAAGGCCAACGUGGUGGAGCAUGCAAAAGGCUCCAAAAAUAAAGGCAAUGGGAAGAGCAAGCUCGGUCCCAAAGGAGGCGUUUCCAAACCCAAAUUUAAUGGAAAAUGCUUCAAUUGCAACAAAAAUGGACACAAGUCCUCGGAUUGCAAGGCACCAAGGAAGAAGAAAGACUCUCAAGUCAACAUGGUGCAAGGUGGGCAAAAGGAUGAAGACAUCAUUCUUGCGGCCGUGGUGACCGAGGUCAACCUCGUUGGAUCCAAUUCUAAGGAGUGGUUCGUGGACACCGGUGCAACCCGGCAUAUUUGCUCUAACCGGGAGCUAUUCAUGACCUUUGAGCCAUCAAACGGUGAGAAGGUGUGGAUGGGAAAUUCUACUCACUCCGAGGUGGAAGGCGUGGGCAAGGUGGUCCUAAAGAUGACUUCGGGCAAGGAGCUGACUCUCAACAAUGUGUUGUAUGUCCCGGAGAUACGCAAAAACCUGAUCUCGGGCUCUUUGUUGAACAAGCAUGGCUUCCGCAUGGUCUUUGAGUCGGACAAACUAGUUUUGUCUAAAUCGGGAAUGUAUGUGGGAAAGGGGUACGCAGUUGAUGGGCUGUUUAAGCUCAAUGUAAUGACUAUUAUUAAUAAUAAUAAUAAAAUCUCUUCUGC